CUGCUAAACUACCAUGUGGCCGGCUGGGGUUUUGCGCCAUGAGGCCCGCGCCAAAGUUGCGCCAGUGGUUGAUUUGCGCGUGGCACUCCAGGCAGAUGCCGGCCAUUGGACCUCCAUAGACGCACCAGUGGUGCUCUCAUCUUGCUUAGCACCUGGGCAAUCCUUCGGCUGGAAGAAGCUGAAUGUGACUGGUCAGGACGCAUUCCUUGGCGUUCUGAACAUGUCAGCCGUAAUAUUUGUGCAGAGGGAGCAGGGCAUCCAAUGGCAGACCUUGGCAGGCCCAGAGGUGACGCGGGAAACAGUGCAGAAGUUCUUCGCCUUGGGUGAUGGCUUGCGCGAAACCGCCGAGCGUCUUCACAUCGCCUGGGCCAAAAGAUGCCCACGGCUGGCGCAAGUUGCGCAGUCCUUGCCAGGGCUUUGCGUCUUGCAGCAGGAUAUGGUGGAGACGAUCUUUGGAUUUAUUUGCUCGCAGAACAACAAUGUGUCACGCAUUUGCUUGUUGAUGGAUCGGCUGCGCGCCAAGUUCGGCCAAGUGUUGUGCAGUAUAGCUGCAGGCGUCGAUGCACAAGCUGAUGGAGACCUCGCGGUGCUCCGCGAGUUCAACAACCACAGGAAGCUCUACGCCUUCCCCAGCAUAGAACGAUUGGCAUCGGCAUCGGAGCCACUGUGCGAUGGGGUAGCUGGUUCUUGUUCGCAGUCAAAGUUGCUUAUUUUUAGUUUGGCGAUAUACCAACCAAGAUGCAGCUGGCUACUGGUGUGCAAAAUCUUUGGCCAAACGCCGAGAGAACCAGGAGAGCUCUUUGAAAUCCCUUGGGUUGGGCUACCGCGCAGCCUAUGUACGUGCUGCGGCAAAGACUUUGCUGCAAAAGGACGGCCAAUCAUUGAAGUGGUUGGAAGACUGCAGACAUCACAGUCUAGACCUGAAGACGAUGGACCCCCUACAGGCAGAGGAGCCCGACGCGCUUCGGCUCCGACGUUUAGAAAUACGUAAGGAGCUCUGUCGCCUUCCAGGUGUCGGUCCAAAGGUGGCCGACUGCAUUGCGCUUUUCGCUUUAAAGCAGCACGGAGCAGUACCCGUUGA